AUGGAAUGCAACAGGGAUGAGGCCCAACGGGCAAAGGAUAUUGCAAAGAAGAAGUUUGAAGCGAGGGACCUGCAGGGUGCCAAGAAAUUCGCUCUCAAAGCUCAAACACUCUUUCCUGAUCUUGAAGGCAUUGCUCAGAUGGUUGCCACCUUUGAUAUCUAUCUUGCUUCGGAGGUGAAGGUUGUUGGGGACAAGGACUGGUACUCUAUCCUUUGUGUUGCCACGACAGCAGAUGACGAAACAAUCAAGAAACGGUACAGGAAGCUGGUUCUUCAGCUCCACCCUGACAAGAACAAGCAAGUCGGUGCUGAGGCUAACGCUGCUGCUGCCUCCAAACCGACAGUAAACAAGCGAACAGCAAGACCGGCAGCACCUGCCGUGCGCCCGCGCCCACCUCAACCUCCACCACCAUCUGGACCCACUCCUGCAGCUUCCUCUGCUACCCCUGCACCUGGGGCAAAACCUCCUACAUUUUGGACCUCAUGUAACAAAUGCAAGAUGAACUAUGAGUACCUUAGGGUGUAUCUGGGCCAGCAUCUUCGUUGCCCUAGCUGCCGUGAGCCGUUCCUAGCAAAAGAGGCACCAAUACCACCAACUGGGACUGUGAUACAGGAUUCAAAGAUCAGUGGUGUAAAUCAAAAUGCAAGCACUAACAGAAAUAUGCAGUGGGGUCCAUUUUCAAGGGCUGCUGGUGCAGCUAGUGCCACUGCAUCAUCUGCUGCUGCUGCUCAAGCUGCUAAUGUAGUUCAUCAGACGUAUGAAAAAGUUAGGAGGGAGAGGGAGGAGGCACAAGCAGCAGCAAGAAAGGAAGAGGCUCUUCGGCGGAAGUACAAUCCUCUAAAAAGGCAUGCGAGCAUGUCAGAUGUCUUUAAUCCUGGAACAGGUGAUGUUGCAUCUGGAAAGAAGUUGAAGACUAUGGUUAAAGAUGCUGGAGUUGGUUCUUCAUCUUUCAUACAAGGUCCUGGAGCAAAUUGUUUUAGAGUGCCCGGUGUGAAUAUAUCUUUUUCAACCAACAUUGGGGCCUAUGAGUUUCAAGGCGUCAAUGGUGGACCCAAUUGGAAACCCAGGCCUCCAAUCCACAUAAGCUUAGCCAAGGCCACCUCUCAGUUGGAUGUUAGGGGUCUUCUGCUGGGAAAAGCGAAAAGUGGGCUGAGAAACAAGCUAACAGAAAUUAAAAGUAAAACAUCUCAAGUUGCUGCUAGUGGAAAAGCGACCAAGAAACAUGUGGUUAAUGAAAAUGGAAGGGAUAAUGAAGCUCUCGCACCAGAUGAUCCUACUACCAAUAAAGAUGUUCAUGUUGAUCCAAAAGAAAUUGGUUCUAAUACUAGCUCAGAUGCUGAAAAUGAAGAUGAUGACCCCUUGUCUUAUAAUGUUCCUGAUCCUGAUUUCCAUGAUUUUGACAAGGAUCGCAGUGAGGAAUGUUUUCAAAUUGAUCAAAUUUGGGCUACAUAUGAUGACGAAGAUGGUAUGCCUCGUUAUUAUGCGUUUAUUCAGAAAAUUUUUUCCUUGAAACCAUUCAAGCUCAGAAUAAGCUAUCUCGAGUCAAGGACAAAUAGUGAAUUUGGGCCUUUGAAUUGGGUUUCUUCUGGCUUCACAAAGUCAUGUGGGCAUUUCAGGACUGGUAAAUAUGAAACAUGUGAUAUAGUCAACAUGUUUUCACACCAAAUGAAAUGGGAGAAAGGGCCGCGUGGGGUAAUCAAAAUUUAUCCACAGAAAGGUGACAUCUGGGCUAUUUAUCGGAAUUGGUCCCCUGACUGGGAUGAAGAUACUCCAGAUAAUGUGCUCCAUGCCUAUGAUGUGGUUGAGGUACUAGAUAAUUAUGAUGAAGAUCAUGGCAUCUCUGUUAUUCCUUUAGCUAAAGUUGCCGGGUUUCGAACAAUAUUUGAACGCCAUCAGGAUCUGAAUGGUACCAUGAAGAUUCCCAAAGAAGAGAUGUUUCGGUUUUCACAUCAAGUGCCUUUCUACAGGAUGUCAGGUGAAGAAGCUCCAAAUGUCCCCAAAGAUAGCUAUGAGCUUGACCCAGCUGCUAUUAGUAAGGAACUUCUUCAAGGGACCACAGAAACAGUGGAGGCAAAUGGAACUUCCUAA